UUGAAGAUUCCCAAUGUGCUGUAAUUUACUUUAAAAAGGGGGUUGUGCAGAGGAUUUUCUUUCCACGCAGUGACGUAAUAAACAGAUGGAAACAUCUAUUCAACGCCUGGAGGAUUUGCAGCCAUGUAUUCAAGUUAAGUGGGUUCAAAACAAACUUGAAGUGUGUGGCAAGACAAAAAACAAGAAGUUACUUUUCGAUCAGCUUUCCUCUAUCUGGACCAUCAUCGCCACAUGCAAACAAUCUCACCUACCAAGUUGCUGCUGUAGUGGGGUGACAUCUUUAAUCAGGCAAGGUAUAUUGGAUCCUGAUGAGGUAUUAGAUUAUAUUCUUACAUUGGUGGCUUCUGCCACAUCGAUUCAAUGGUUAGUUAAAUUGAUAACAGAUAUUCUUCUAUUUAAAUAUUCCACCAACACUGUAAGAUGUAAAAGCUGUGGUUAUGCAAUGUAUAAGGAAAGUUAUAAUUUAGGAACUAAACCUCACCCUUAUAUCACCUUGUUAACAUUUCGAAGUAAUGCUAUAGCCAGUAUUAUUUUGGAAAUCAGGUCUUUCUUGAUGGUUUAUUUUUCGAACGGUCUUGGUAUUUGUCAGGAUGAAAAACUCACUAUGUCAGUACCAAGUGUGGUCGAGUUUCUCAAACCUUUUCUUGUUUUUCAUUUUUGUCUUGACACUCAAAUGAAAAACUGCGGCAACGUUCAUGUUUUAAAUCUAAUGAACCUGUUAUUGGAGUGGUGCUCACUAAAUGAUAUAAGCACUUGUUGUGAUGGAAAGCAGAAAGGAAUUGUCUCUUUUCUUAUGUCCACAAUUCAAUUUGCCGCAUCGUAUGACAACAGUUUUGCAAUGUUGGUUCAGAUUGGAAAUGCUAUGCGGUUGCAAUAUUGUAAUUCUGAAGCCAUUGAUGUUGGACUUGUUGGUCUAAUUUGUUCACAUUUACACCUUGCUUGGGAAACACUGCAGGAGAAUCAAAGUUCUAAUAUUCACCUAUGUGUGACUCUGCUUUGCCAGUUAUUGCAGUACGCCCAACUACCAUGCGAUGCCCUUUUAAAUUUGGUUGUUAAUAUUCCAAGCUUACUUGUCAGUGCACCUCUGAACGCUACCCAGUCAAUUUUGCGUUUAAUUUCAUCUUUGGUAGAAUGUUCUUCAUAUGAAGCUCUUCCAAAAUUCUACAAGCUGAUUUGUGUUUUCAUGUUAAAGGUCAGCUUGCUUUGGCUUCUUUUUAACAAGCAAAUACUUGAGUUUGAAAAUAUUGAUGCUUCAAAACUUCUUGUUAUGCUUAAUGAUAAACUGCAAUGCAUAGGUGAACGUGGUGUUGUCGAAGAAUCUUUUCAAGUAAUUCAUCAAAAUGAGUCUUUAACUCAUUCCUGUCAACUUGGGACUGGAGGAUUAGUUUUCAGUGUGAUAUCACAAUCCAUGAACAAUGAAAAUACAAUUACUUUCAACACAUCAUUAUGUGGUAGUUUUAACUUAAGUGAAAUUAAAAGUGGUAUGUCGUCGUAUUCACUCUACCUGUCAUCCAUCGUACUUAUGUCCACUUCUCCCGCUGUUAGUGUUAAUGAUUUAAUUUACUCUAAGGCUUUGGAUCUGUUAACAAAUUUUGUUUCAUGUGUUCCAUCAAUUGCACUUGAUAUUCUUCCUACAGUACUCCAUUGCAUUAAAGUUGAAAAUAACGCUCUUCAUAAAAACAAAUGCUUUGAUUUGCUUUCGGCCAUGGCAACAAACACGUUUUGCAUAGCACCUGUGCUGCAUAUUUUACAAGAUCUUCAAAAUGAUUUACUUCCCAUUGCAAUCAGGUCGCUUAUAAAAAUUUGCAAAUUUCAACCCAGAUGUCUCCCCUAUCUUCUUAAAGCAAUGUUGGUGUCGGACAUCAAUCUUUCAUUUGAAGUAAAAUUUGCAAUAAUAUUUGCAAUAAGAGAUGUCUGCAAAAACAAUUGUGCGAAUUGUACAAAUGAUAUGCUUAAGCUAAUUACAUUAUUUCUGACACCAGAACUCGAAGAAGACUUGGCUGUUAUAUUGUUGGACAGUCUAUACUACAUGUGUAUGCAUGGAAAUAUUGGUAUAGCUGUAUUGUGGUCAAGUUUACAAAAUUGGCUCAUUUUGUAUAAGUAUAAGUCUGUUACAUUGGCUGUUCUAAGACUAUUUUCGUUAAUUCCUUCCGUCGAAAAGCCAACUGCACGGUUUCAAUCAUUUCAAGAUUAUGCUUUAACCUGGAUAUGGAGUAAGACACAAUCAUCAGAUGGUGAAUUGGUCAAAGAUGCCUUCUUGUGUCUUUCUCAUUUCAAAUUUGCAGACAUGAAACUAAAACACAUUCCCAGAUUCUUAAUUCCUGAGGCUGAUCAACGCAAUAAUGAGGUUACUGAAGCUAGUUGGUUGGAUGGUCCCAUACAGUAUGAAUUGAUAAUGGAAUUAAUCCUUAACUCAAAAUCCCUUUCAUCUACACACAAAGAGUUUUGUCUAAGUAGUUUAAUAUGCGAAGAGAUCGAUGCUUUUCCACGAGAUAUAAACCACCGUGCAAAUGCAUUAAAGAAGAAAAAUGUUUCAACCCCUGUUUCGAACAUACCAUCCUUCUUGUCCAAACUUCAAAACAAAAACAAAGAUCCUGCCCUGUCUUCUUCAAUCUCAACAUCUCUGCUAAACUGUUAUGAGCUUCCGCGGCUUGAUAUUACUGAAAAAAAGUUGUCAGUUGUUCAGAAACACAAAAAAGAUUUAUUUCGGCUUUUGGAGUACAUGUUAACUCAAGUUACUCUUGACAAUCGGGAUUGGAAUAAUAUGUUAUGGUUGUGCACGUCUUGGCGCGUGUUCAUGCUACGGUUUUACACUGCAAUACAAAAAGCAAGGUCUGUUGAACUGAAUAUUCAACUACAUGAAGAAGGUUGUGAUGAAAGAACUAUUCAGGAUAAGUUGCUUUGUUGUGGGUACUGGAGUCGAAAUGAAAUUACAAAUUUACUUCAGAAAAAAUCAGUUGGCACCCCAAGUAUGCAAGCCAACUCAGUGCUUUGUCUAACUGGUUUAAUGUGUGCAGUAAACUCAUUACAGCAGAAAGAGAAACCAAGCAAUGUCUCUGGUUAUUUGAGUGAUGAACACUGGUUGGUUAUAAUUGCUGACACAAUUAUAGAUAUCCUAGAAGAUCGCUGUGAGUUGCGUCCUAACUGUGGAGUUACGUUCACUGGCGAACAUGUCAAAUCACAACUUGGAAAGCUCUGCUCAUUGUUAUCUUUAAUAAAUGUUACUGAUGCGCUACUUGUAAUUGAGCCCCGUAAAAUAGAGAAGUUGCUGGACCUUCUUAUAUAUCAACUUGAAACACCUGUUAGAUCUGUUGGGACUUUAGAAAAUGUUACAAUGGGCAAUGUAAUAGGGUUAAUUUAUGCCGACAAACUUCAUGAAAGAAAUAAAGUCAUAUCUUCAAAGCUAGUGAAAUGUGUGAAGAUUCUUGAACUUCUAAUGGAGAAGUUGUUUGCGGAUGAAGAUGAUGGUGGACUUGAUGAAGAAGUUUCACUUGGAGCUCUCAUCGGACUUGCCUUCAUUGUACUUCGUGCACCAACCGUUUAUCCUAAUAUGAUGCAGUUUUACAAUCAGUUGAAGAAACAAUUACCCAGUUCUGUUAGUGUUACUAUAAUACAAAACAUCGCUUUGCUUCUUGCAUGGAUCACUGUAAAAUCAAUUUCCAAACACAGUGUCAGCCAGACAGAAAUUCGUGAUGUUUCUGGUUUGCUCUGUAAUGCUUCCAAAACAUAUCCAACAAAUCAAAGGAUCGCAAGUGCUUUAUCACUUUUGCAGUGCUACAUUAAUUUUUCAGAUGGUGAGGCUGAAGAGUUGUCAAUGUCAAUGUAUGAUCAAUUGUUUAAAACUGGUGUAUCUGUUUCCACAAAUGAACAUCUCCCAUUGAAACAAAGAAUAACUGGUAUAUCUAGCUUAGCAGCUCUUGUGGGUUCAGAAACUUUAUCUUUGUAUGACAUUCCAGAUGGUUCCAAUGCAUCGGUUCCUGAUACCAUGUUGUCUAAUGUUGUCAAAAUCUUUCAGAAGCUGAUUCGAAACAAUAAGGACCUUGCAGUGUCUAACUGCUUAAUUUUACUGCUAGGUCGUCUGUACCUUUCUUGCAAGCAGCGCACUCCAGCACAAAGAGAACCUAACUUGUACACAUAUUUGCCGAAACCAAGCAUUUUAUGCCCAUUAAUACACGGGCUAAAACAGAGCAUAGAUAGCAGCAAUAAAUCACCUGAUUUAGGAUACAUCACAACAGUGAUUGGAGCAUUACAUAAUGCACAGUUGUGUGGUAAGGUAUUACCACCAAUAGAUUUAACUGGAAUUCUGAAACUUGGGAUAUAUGGGAAAAUUGAAGCUCUCCAAUUUCUCUGCUUAGAUGUGUGCAUACAUCAACAUCAAAGUGUAUCAGCGCAAAAUAUGCUUUCAGCAUUGAUAGAUAGUGGUUAUUACUCCACAUGCGAAAAUUCUGUAAAGCAACUCUUUCUUCAAAAUUUAAACAUUUUAGUUCAAUAUGUUCCAGUUGCGAGUUUAAAAACCAUGUUCGCUUAUCCCAGUUUUCUAGAAGAAGCAUUAUUACUUGAGCAAUUCCUAAAAGGUAUUCAAAUGUGUUUAAACCAAGGUAAACUGCAACCAGAAAUCGUAUCUCUUAUUUUGGAAGUUCUAGGGAAAAUCUAUGACAACUUACCUAUAAAGAUAAAUGUUUUUUCCUCAAUUGAAAGUUGGAAAAUAUUAGCGAUUUGUUUGCUAAAAACUUCCGACCAACAAAAUUUCAAAAGUAAAAAUCAGAACAUUAUAAAAUCUUUAUUUGUUACAGUGCAUCAGCUAUCUUUGUGUUUAAUACCACUUACUUCAAUAACAAACAUGGUUGUUCGUAUUGCAACAUGUCCAAAUGAUACUCAAAUACUGGCUCUAGCAUUGCUGCAAGUUGGCCUUCAAGAUAUGAUCUCUAAUGCACCGAAUGUUGGAGCUGCGAAGAAAGAUAUGUCAGCUUGGAUGAAAGAAAUAAUGGGAAUGAUUUCCGAGAGAUUUGAAAAUGAACAAGGAGGAGCAAAUGAAUUUUUGCUCAAAGUUUUUUCUUGUUCUGUCACAGCACAAUGUGGAACACCAUUCAAUGUUUUGUAUGCGAAUAAACUGGACAAACAAAAUGAAGGGACACAGCCUACGAAUCUACAUGAUGUAUUUGAAGCAAAUCGAAUGUUCUUUUGGUUGAACUGCAUCCCGAUGAUGUUCAAGUUACUUCCUUUAAUGUUGUCCAAAGAUUCAAGCGAUGAUUUUAAAAAGCACAUGAUAACUUGGUUGGGAACAAUUUGUUUAAAGUUAUCAAAUACAAAACUGAAAUCUUGUGUUUAUAAAGCUUUGAGCGAUUUGCGAAGAAAUCCUAAGUUUAGUAAUUUACAUGUAUGGAGAAAUAUUGUGCCAACCUUGUUGUUGUAAACAAAUUCAUUCAUGAAAGCAGUUGGCCGUACAAUUGUUGAAAUGUUUAAAAUGUUCAACAUAUUAUGUCAUAAAAGUACAAUUGCCAUUUUAAUUCUUGUUCCAAAGUUGCCACUUUAUAAACCAAUCUACUUGUUUAUCUGUAUCAAAAUCAAAAUCAUUCGUACAACCAGGGUUGUGUCAAAAUCAUUUGUACAACCAGAGUGGACGCAUUGUAUUUGUACAACUAAAUUACUGUCUGUUGAGGUUUUUAUAUUUAUUCUGUAUCCUAUCCUUUAGAUAAAGUGCUUUAAAAGUGAUUUCAUCAUUUUUUGUGCUUGCGUUUUAGUCAAAAACUUGGGGCUGGUUUAGCCUACACCAA